AUGAGCACCAUCUCUUCAUUUUCAGUUCGAGACGAAGCAGCUGGCAAGGUCAUCGUGGGGCCUUCGCCAAGUACCAAUGGAACGGGAUCCGACCCGUAUUCUAACCAGGGAGCUCCAAGCCAGUUCCAUACAAACGAAGUCGAAGACGACUCGUCAAUCGCAGACCUGUCCGAUUUGGGUGAACUCUUCCCCGAAGACGUCACCAUUCACCUGGACGAGUUGUCUAGUGACGAUUUCUCUUCUGACGACGAGGGAGAAGAAGACGAAACGAACGAUCUGGAGCUAGGUGAAGACGAACCUGGCUCAUCGAGGCCAACUAAACGACAGAAGACUGAGUCUAUCGAGACUGCCGAGGCGUGGAUCCAGAGAUUCAACGAAGAACACCCUGUUCCUGAUACCGAUCCAGACUUGCAGCGAUUCCAGGAACUCAUCGGUAUUAUAAUCAGACGAAUUUGCCAACAUGCUCGAUCAGGAGACAUCACCAAUUGGUUCAAGUUGCCAGCGAAAGAGCGAGAGAUGACUCGUUCAUUCAGAAAUAUACUAAUCAGGAUCGAUCCUGAUUACCUAGUCGAGGCAAUUCUUUCCCAUAUCCCUCGAAAAACACAGCAGAUAUUUGGAAAGCCGAACCUACAUCCAUUCGAUCUCUUAAGCUUGCCAGAGUUUCCAAUUCGGUGUCCUUACCGCAUUACCUAUUUCGAUAUACCUGUACGAGUAGGAGAUGCGAACAUUGUUUUACAGAGUUCAAAAACUGUUGGUGUCCGAGCUGCACCAGUCAAGGCUUCUUCGACAUAUGAUCCCGCAAUGGACACGGACGUAUAUCUUGGUUCGAGUGUGGAUAAGCGUGGCGGAUUUGCCCGUCUGCGACACCAUGAGCUUCAGUCCAACAAAACCGAUGGGGAAACGAGUAUGCAUUACAAUUUUACUCGUCAAGAAGAUGUCGUCCCGCAUUUUCGAGUCGCUGGUCUUUGGGAUAACCCGUCUACCCUGGGUGAAGAUCAACAGGAUACCUUGAGAUGGAUGCCCGUAUUUCUAGAAGGCCUCUUGAUGGUUUACUUUGGAACAUACCAUACAGCUGCAAGACCUGUUAGUGACAGACAAGGUCUCUUCUCAGAUGCAUCGUACGAAGUAGUUAGGGAACUUCGCAUGGACCUACCACUCCCUGAUUUCCAUGCACACACCCUGAACCGUGCAUGGCCACUCAAGCAAGAAAAGAAAGAAGAAAGAAGAGAGUACCACCAGAAGAGAUGGCAUGAGCUCUCAGAAGAACAGAGAGAAGAAAUGAGAGAGAACCGCCGGAAGAGACGGCAAAACCUCUCAGAAGAACAGAGAGAAGAAAUGAGAGAGUACCACCGGAAGAGACGGCAGAUCCGCCGACAAAAAGAAAUUGCCGCAAGGGAGAGAGCCGCCGAUGAGAAGGCCGCCGAAGAGAAGGCCGCCGAAGAGAAGGCAGAAGAAGAGUUAUACGUUGAACUGGAACGUAUACGCAAUUUGGGAGACUUUGCAAUAGAGGAGAUUGAUGCAAUCUUGGAAAAAGGGGGCGACAAGAACCCCAACUAUAUUGAUCCAAGUCGUUUGGGUCCUGUGAAGAAUACCGCGAACCAACAAGUGGACAAAAGCCAUAUGGGAGGUUCCAAGAACCCCAUAUAUGUAGGUUCUGAUGAUGAAGACAUGGCAAGUCAGAGACCACGGAAGCCUAUAGAAGAAGAGGGGUCUCGAGCAACCGAAAGACUCAGAGAACUUCUGGAGGAAGCACGUCGAAAAGCGCAGAGCACUAAUGAACUGCUCGAGAAGGAUCGGAUGUUUGAUAUGCGACAUCGAAACGAUCAGGAUCGGAUGUUUGAUAUACGACAUCGAAACGAUCAGGAUCGGAUGUUUGAUAUGCGACAUCGAAACGAUCAGGAUCGGAUGCUUGAUAUGCGGUAUCUGGUACACUUACCAGUGGAGGAGGGCGAGGAGGGCGAGGAGGGCGAGGAGGGCGAGGAGGGCGAGGAGGGCGAGGAGGGCGAGGAGGGCGAGGAGGGCGAGGAGGGCGAGGAGGGCGAGGGAUCGGAUACUUGA